GAUUGUCUCCGCUGCGUCUGCAGUCUCAGCUCAGUGCAGUAAACACAUGAACUCUCUCUAUGUGCUUAUUGGACUGAUGGUCUUCAGGCCCGGCAGCUUCCAUUAUUGGAAGUUUGCAGUAAUCCCGUAUUAGAGGAAGCGACCGCUGAACACUUCCAGGCCUCGGCCAGAAACUGUUUCUGUAAAACUUCCAUUCGUCAGCUUCAUCAGACUCAGAAAAGUUCAAGUUCUAGUCAAGGCUGAUGAUGGAUUACAUGUGUUUUAAAUAAAAUAGACGGAGACUUUUACUCAGGUUUUACUCAAAUGAAACCUCUGACCUCUCUGACUUCACAGGGGUCAAGGGUCAGCACCUUGAAUCAUUUACAAAAGCAUCCUAACCAAUAAGUGACAGGCAGCUGAGCAGUGAGCCCCGCCCCCCAGCACAGGGUAAUCCAAACUCUGGUUUAAACUGAUUCAGAGUCAAAGUGAAUGUAUGAUGUCGUGUAAAUGAAGCAGGAGAACCGGCUGCGUUGGUCAACACACACACCGUCUCUCCUGGUGGCAGGAGGCAGCUUUGUUGUGUGUUUAGUUGCCUGCUACGGUUACCAUGGCAACAGUCAAACUUUUCCUCUGCAGAGCCAGUUUUGAUUUACUUCCUGAUCCCUCUCUCUCUCUCUCUGUGUCUGUCAUUGUCUCAGUGCCUCGCUCUUCCUCUGACUCUGACUCGUCGGUUCAUUUAUUUAUUGGUGCAGUUUUUCCUGAGCAGCAGGGACUCGUCCUCAGGCUCUGAGUGUUCGGCAGGACGGACGACACACAGAUGGCAGAUCCAGACUCUCAGUCCCCAGCUGAGGUCUCAGAGAGGGACCAGCUGUCCACUGCUCCCCCAGCUGGCAGCUGUGAUCCUGGGCUGAACGGCUCUGCUCCUCCCCCGGACACCGAGCUCCAGGCCCCGGAACCGAGCCUCGAUCCCGGGAUGGAGAACCGGGACGGCCCUGGGGGAGAGGAAGAGGAGGAGGAAGGAGGAGCCGUUACCCAAGUCAGACCUCCUCAGCUUCACCUCUGCAGAGAUGUGAUUGGCAGAGGACGCCGGCGAAUAGGAGGUCAGAACAUGAGAGCCGUCAACCACGUGUCUUCACCGGCGGCCGCUCCCUCCCCGACUGCUCGCACCUCAGUGUCAGGUAAAAGGACGGUGCUGCUGUCCAAUGAGGCGAGGAGAGAGAUAGCGAAGCAGGUGAGAGCCAUGAAGGAGGAGAGACGAGGGAAGCUGGACGCCCGACACAAGUACUUGAUCAGCAGGUUGGCAGACGCCGCGACGCUGGGGGAGGCGGAGGUGGAGGACGCCCUCACCUCUGAUGACAAGUUCAGUCUCGUCCAUGAUUUCUUUGCUGCGAACGGAUCCAAGAAGCUGAUUUUCUUCUAUCAGAAUGUGAAGCAGAAUCUGUCGUCCAGUCGUUCCUCCUCUGUGGACGCCGCGGCCUCAGCUGUGGCUCAGAGGAAACUCUUCGUCACCACAGGGAGCUCCGAGCCUUUACUGGAGAAGUGUCUGUUCUUCCUGAGAACCACUGACAAGGCGAUAACCACCGCUAACGUGCAGCAGGAGGUGAACUUCGGCAUGUUGGACUGCAGUGACGGCAUCAUCCUGAACAGUCUGGAAACUCUGCUGUCUCGCAUCAUGAUACCGGCCCUCAGGUCACAGCAGACGUGGGGCUCAGCGGAGGAGGGAGCGUCCCGUCCAGACGUCCGCUCCUUUCUGUCCUCCGUCGACCGGUUUGUCGCUAAUCUGAGCUCGGCCAGACUCAACAUGGAGAGGAGGUUCCGGCUGCAGCAGGUCGACCUUCCUGACGCCAUCAGCCAGCUGAGCCGCCCCGCAGACUACACCGCCGCAGCCAAUAACAGCGAGCUGGUGGAGCGUCUGGAGGGUGUGGUCUCCGUGUGGACCAAUCAGAUCAAGCAGGCGCUGACGGAGAGCGAGCAGCUGAGGAAGGAGGCCGAUGACGUCGGACCGUCGGCUGAGCUGGAGCACUGGAAGAGGCGCAUGGUCACCUUAAACAGGCUGACUGACCUGGUUUUCAACACGCAGCUGUUUCACUGCACAGUGUCUGUCCAGCACCAAAUGGCAAACUGCCAAAUCAUAGACGGUGUGUAUCCCGCCCUGAAAGAACUGGACCAGGUGUCCAAGGUGGCCACAGACCUGUUGGAGUGUCGCAUCGGUCGGCUGCUUCAGACCAUGUCCUCCUGCUGUCUGCUGGUCCUGCCUGAAGACCCCGCCCCCCCUCAGGACCUGCUGCUGCAGGCGGACGCCUCAGUCCACGCCGCUGCUGUCACCCUCAACUGGCAGAGUCAACAGGUAGAGAAGUACGUGUUCGAGCUGAUUGAGGAGCUGAAGAAGAAGAUGAAGCCGACAGAGACUGUUAAUCUGGAGGGAGCUCUCCACUGUCUCCACCCAGACUCCAAACAGAAGACCCGUUGUCAGUCUUGUCUUCCUUGUCGUUUCUACAACCUGAUUGGUCAGCUCUGUCAUCGCAACACUGAAGCCCUGGUCAAAGCCACCAAAUCCUCUCUGGAGUCCCUGAGGAGGAGACUUCAUGUCCUCAAGUACCAGCCGUCCUCGUCCUCCUCCUCCUCCUCCUACAGCCAGUCAGCUCCUCCUCCUCUCUUCAGAGCCUCCAUCCAGCUGGCCAUCCCCAACAUCGUCCUCAGACCCGGUCUGGACGACAUUCAGACUACAGUGAACAAGCUGGUGAGCGUUGUGCUGUCCGUGACCAGAGACAUCCCUCUGUGGACUUACUGUCACAUGCAGUACAAACAGCAGCAGGUGGAGCAGGCGGCGGUCCGCGAUGCAGGAGACGACGUCCCGGUGAAGCCGCCGGUGCUGAAGCCUCUAGACAGACAGCUGGCAGAACAUAAAGACGUCACCAAGUUGGUGAUCCAGCUGAGCUCCGUCGUGUCGUCACUGAGAGCUCAGGCUGCUGAGACUCUGAAUGAACUCGCUCACUUCUCUACUCUGUGGAACCAGGACCCAGAGGAGCAGGUCCAGGCCUUUCUGCAGUCCGACCCUUCACAGACUGAGUUCAGCUCCCAGAUCUGCUUCUACUCUAAGCUGGAGGUGCAGAUUUCCGAGCUCCCGGCGUUCUGUACGGUGGGUUCGGUCCUCUUCGACACCGAGCAGCUGAAGCUGGCGCUCACUCAGGAGUGUCGUCUCUGGAAACGGGCCUUCGGCGCCGCGCUCCACCGCCGGGCGUCCGCCGACAUGGAUGACAUCUUCUCAUUCGUGGACGGGCUGACGAAGCGUCUGCAGCGUCCAAUCACAGACCUGGAGGACGUCCGAGGAGCCAUGGCGGCGCUCAGAGAGGUCCGGGAGGCGGAGGUCCGUAUCGACGCCACCAUCGGUCCGGUGGAGGAAUCCUUCGCUCUGCUCAACAAACACGAGCUGCUCUUCAACGACGGGAACGCCGAGCGUGUGGACGGCCUGACGUACGCCUGGAACAACCUCAACGCCCUGGUGGUGCAGAACCAGAACACUCUGGUGAAGCUCCAGCCCAGCAUGAAGGCGGACCUGCUGUCUGCAGUGCAGAGCUUCCAGAGGCACGUCCAGAGCUUCAGCACCGAGUACAACCACAGAGGUCCAGGCGUGGAGGGCGUGGCUCCAGCUGAAGCCAGCGAGCGGCUGCAGAGUUUUCAGGCUGAGUUUGAUCAGCUGUGGAGGAAAUACACCACCUACUCUGGAGGAGAGGAGCUGUUCGGACUCCCCGUUAAUGAGUAUCCGGAGCUGCAGAGGAUCAAGCGGGAGCUCUCUCUGCUGUCCAAACUCUACACUUUGUAUAAUUCAGUCAUCGACAGCGUCACCGGCUACUGCGACCUCCUGUGGGCCGACCUCGACAUCGAGAAGAUCAACACUGAGCUGCAGGACUUCCAGAACAGGAUCAGGAAGCUCCCGAAGGCGCUGAAGGAGUGGCAGGCCUUCGGAGACCUGAAGAAGACCAUCGAUGACUUCACUGAGACCUGCCCUCUGCUCUACAUGAUGGCCAACAGGGCCAUGCUGCCCAGACACUGGACUCGUCUCAGUGAGUUGACUGGUCACAGUUUCCAGGUGGAGUCGGACAGUUUCUCCCUCAGAAACAUCAUGGAGGCUCCGCUGCUCAAACACAAGGAAGACAUCGAGGACGUUUGUAUCAGCGCGGUGAAGGAGCGCGACAUCGAGGCCAAGCUGAAGGACGUGGUCGGCGAGUGGAGCGGCCAGACGCUCAGCUUCGCCUCCUUCAGGACCAGAGGAGAACUGCUGCUGAGAGGAGCCGACACCGCCGAGAAGGUCUCCAUGAUGGAGGACAGUCUGAUGGUGCUGACGUCGCUGCUGAGCAACAGGUACAACGCACCGUUCAAACCGUCCAUCCAGCUGUGGGUCCAGAAACUCUCCAACACGUCCGAGGUCAUCGAGAAGUGGCUGUCGGUUCAAAACCUCUGGAUCUACCUGGAGGCCGUGUUCGUGGGCGGAGACAUCGCCAAGCAGCUGCCUCAGGAGGCCAAACGUUUCCAGAACAUCGACAAGUCGUGGCAGAGGAUCAUGCAGCGAGCGCACGAGCUUCCCAACGUGGUGCAGUGCUGCGCGGGAGACGAGACGCUCGGCCAGUUGCUCCCUCACCUGCUGGAGCAGCUGGAGCUCUGUCAGAAGUCUCUGUCCGGUUACCUGGAGAGGAAGCGGCUGGUGUUUCCUCGUUUCUUCUUUGUGUCCGACCCCGCCCUGCUGGAGAUCCUGGGUCAGGCCUCUGACUCACACACUGUACAGGCUCAUCUGCUCAGUCUGUUUGACAAUGUUAACAGAGUUGUUUUCAGUGAGAAGAUCUACGACCAGAUUCUCAGUUUUCAGUCUCAAGAAGGAGAAACUGUGGAGCUGAGUCGACCUGUCCUGACGCAGGGGAACGUGGAGGUGUGGUUAGGACAGCUGCUAGCCGGGGUAAGACAGACCCUGCAUACCAUCAUUCGUCAGGCCUACCUGGCCAUCAGCGACCCGGGCCUGAAGCUGCUGGAGUUCCAGUCAGCGUUUCCCGCUCAGGUCGGCCUGCUGGGAAUCCAGAUGAUCUGGACCAGAGAUGCAGAGGACGCGCUCGUCCUCAGCAAGUCUGACAAGAAGAUCAUGCAGACAACCAAUCAGAAGUUCCUGGAUCUCCUCAAUGAGCUGAUCGACAUGACAACCAAGGAGCUGAGCAGGAACGAGAGGACCAAGUAUGAGACGCUCAUCACCAUCCACGUCCACCAGAGAGACAUCUUCGACGAGCUGGUGCGUCUGAACGUGAGAUCGCCGUCGGACUUCGAGUGGCAAAAACAGUCGAGGUUUUACUUCCUGGAGGAGACGGACAGGUGUGUCAUCCAGAUCACAGAUGUGGAGUUCAGCUACUGCAACGAAUACCUGGGCUGCACGGACAGACUGGUCAUCACCCCGCUGACGGACAGGUGUUACAUCACUCUGUCCCAGGCUCUGGGGAUGAGUAUGGGCGGGGCCCCGGCUGGUCCAGCAGGAACAGGUAAGACGGAGACCACUAAAGACAUGGGUCGCUGUCUGGGGAAAUAUGUGGUUGUCUUCAACUGUUCGGACCAGAUGGACUACAGAGGACUGGGACGCAUUUACAAAGGUCUGGCCCAGUCCGGAGCCUGGGGCUGCUUCGAUGAGUUUAACCGCAUCGAGCUGCCGGUCCUGUCCGUCGCUGCCCAGCAGAUCUACAUCGUCCUGCAGUGUAAGAAGAACAAGAAGAAGCAGUUUGUCUUCACCGACGGAGACGUGGUUGACAUGGACCCUGAGUUUGGCAUCUUCCUCACCAUGAACCCCGGUUACGCCGGUCGCCAGGAGCUGCCAGAAAACCUGAAGAUUCAGUUCCGCACGGUAGCCAUGAUGGUCCCGGACCGAGCCAUCAUCAUGAGGGUCAAACUGGCCAGUGCGGGUUUCCGUGACAACCAGGUUCUCAGCAGGAAGUUCUACACCCUCUACAAACUGUGUGAGGAACAGCUGUCCAAACAGGUCCAUUAUGAUUUUGGUCUGAGGAACAUUUUGUCGGUGUUGAGGACGCUGGGAGCCGUGAAGAGAUCCAACCCUUCGGAACCAGAGAAGACGGUGGUGAUGAGGGUCCUGAGAGACAUGAACCUCUCCAAACUGGUGGAUGAGGACGAGCCUCUGUUUAUGAGUCUGAUCAACGACUUGUUUCCUGGUAUCGUUCUGGAUAAGGCAGGGUAUCCAGACUUGGAGUCAUCCAUCUUCAGUCAGGCUCAGCGGGCCGGUCUGAUCCCUCAUCCCCCCUGGAUCCUCAAACUGGUUCAGCUCUACGAGACGCAGAGAGUCCGACAUGGUAUGAUGACGCUGGGUCCCAGCGGCGCCGGGAAGACGGCCUGCAUCCACACUCUGAUGAAGGCCAUGUCAGAGUGCGGCUCCCCCCACCGCGAGAUGAGGAUGAAUCCCAAAGCGAUCACGGCCUCGCAGAUGUUCGGCACGCUGGACGUCACCACCAACGACUGGACCGACGGCGUGUUCUCCACGCUGUGGAGGAAGACUCUCAAGGCCAAGAAGGGGGAAUAUAUCUGGAUUGUGCUGGAUGGUCCGGUGGAUGCCAUCUGGAUCGAGAAUCUGAACUCGGUUCUGGACGACAACAAAACUCUGACGCUGGCGAACGGAGACCGAAUCCCCAUGGCUCCCUGCUGCAAGAUUGUCUUUGAGCCCCACAACAUCGACAACGCCUCCCCAGCCACGGUGUCCAGGAACGGGAUGGUGUUCAUGAGCUCGUCUGUGCUCGGCUGGAGCCCCGUCCUGCGGGCCUGGCUACGCAAGCUCCCGGAGCCGCAGGCCGACGCCCUGAAACUCUGCUUCGACAGCUGCUACCAGGACCUGUUGGACUUUGUCUUCACUGCUGUGUCUCCUAAGAUGCAGGUGCUGGAGUGUAUGUACAUCAGACAGACGAUUGACCUGCUGCAGGGUUUGCUCCCGGCAGCAGAGGAGAAACAGGGUUGCCAUGGUGACGUGGGUCGGCUGUUUGUGUUUGCGGUCAUGUGGUCUCUCGGUGCGCUGCUGGAGCUGGACGACAGAGCCAAGAUGGAGGCCUUGCUGAAGGGCCACAGCUCGUCUCUGGACCUGCCACGCACUCAGGACGACCAGACCAUCUUUGAGUUCACCGUCACUGAGCAGGGACAGUGGGAUCACUGGUCCAAUAAGGUCCCCGAGUAUGUCUACCCCAAAGACCAGGUCCCUGACUACUCGUCCAUCCUGGUUCCCAAUGUGGACAACGUGAGGACGGACUUCCUGAUGCAGACCAUCAUGAAGCAGAGGAAGGCUGUGCUGCUGAUCGGAGAGCAGGGAACCGCCAAGACCGUCAUGAUUAAAGGCCACACCAGUAAACUCGACCCGGAGCGCCACCUCAGUAAGACGGUCAACUUCUCGUCGGCCACGCUGCCCGGCAUGUUCCAGAGAACCAUCGAGAGCUACAUCGACAAACGAAUGGGCGCCACCUACGGGCCGCCGGCAGGACGCAGGAUGACAGUCUUCAUAGACGACAUCAACAUGCCCGUUAUCAACGAAUGGGGAGACCAGAUAACCAAUGAGAUUGUGCGUCAGCUGAUGGAGCAGGGAGGUUUUUACAGUUUGGAUCGUCCGGGGGAAUUCAUCACUGUGGUCGACGUUCAGCUGGUGGCGGCCAUGAUCCACCCCGGGGGCGGUCGCAACGACAUCCCUCAGCGUCUGAAGAGGCAGUUCUCCAUCUUUAACUGCACCCUGCCCUCCAACUCCUCCAUCGAUAAGAUCUUUGGCACCGUGGCUCAGGGAUACUUCUGCCCCGAGAGAGGCUUCCCCUCUGAGGUCUGCGACCUCGCCGCUGCCCUCGUACCCACCACCAGACGGCUGUGGCAGGCCGUGAAGGCGAAGAUGUUACCGUCUCCUGCAAAGUUUCACUAUAUCUUCAACCUGAGGGACCUCAGCAGAAUCUGGCAGGGGAUCCUGACAGUGAAGUCGGACGUGUGUCAGAGCUCUCAGCUCCUCUCCGCUCUCUUCCAUCACGAGUGCAGCAGAGUGAUCGCCGACCGAUUCAUCGACAGCAGCGACAGACAAACGUUCAGCUGCAUCAUGGAGCAGGUCACAGUGGAGGAUCAUGGGAGAGCUCUGACUGAGCAUGCUCAGUGGGACAGCUGCUUUGUGGACUUCCUGCGUGAUGCUCCGGAGGCGACGGGAGACGAGCCGGAAGACGCCGAACUGGAAGCGCCAAAGAUGUACGAGCCAAUCCCGUCACUAGAUACUCUGGCGGAGCGGCUGUCUGUUUUCCAGCAGCAGUACAACGAGGCGGCGAGAGGCGGAGCCAUGGACCUGGUCUUCUUCAAGGACGCGAUGACCCACCUGAUGCGGAUCUCUCGGAUCCUGCGGACGCCGCAGGGGAACGCCCUGCUGGUCGGGGUCGGGGGGUCGGGGAAGCAGAGCCUGACGAGACUGGCGUCAUUCAUCGCAGGAUACCAAACCUUCCAGAUCACACUGACCAGGUCGUACAGCAGCAGUAACCUGCUGGAGGAUCUGAAGGCUCUGUAUCGUAUCGCUGGUCAGCAGGGAAAAGGAGUCACGUUCCUCUUCACCGACAACGACAUUAAAGACGAAGCCUUCCUGGAAUACAUGAACAACGUCCUGGCGAGCGGCGAAGUUUCCAACCUGUUUGCUCGUGACGAGCUGGACGACAUCACUCAGGAUCUGAUCCCCGUCAUGAAGCGACAGCACCCCCGCCGACCUCCGACCUCAGAGAACCUCUACGACUUCUUCCUGUCCCGAGUGCGGAGCAACCUCCACGUCGUCCUCUGCUUCUCGCCGGUCGGCGAAAAGUUUCGUACUCGUGCUUUAAAGUUCCCAGGCCUGAUAUCGGGCUGCACUGUGGACUGGUUCCAGCGCUGGCCUCGGGACGCCCUGGUCGCUGUGUCGCAUCACUUCCUGUCUCAGUACCAGGACCUCCGCUGCUCCGAGGAUGUGAAGCAGAGUGUGGUGGUUACCAUGGGAACCUUCCAGGACCUGGUGGCAGAGAAAUGUGCCGAGUAUUUUGAGCGUUUCCGCCGUCAAACGUUCGUGACGCCGAAGUCCUACCUGUCCUUCAUCGACGGCUACAGGAUCAUCUACGCCGAGAAGAUCGCUCACGUCGGCACGCUGGCCGAGCGCAUGAAGACAGGUCUGUGUAAACUGAUGGAAGCGGAGCAGUCGGUGUCUCAACUCUCUGAGGAGCUGGUGGUGAAGGAGCAGGAGCUCGCUGUCGCCUCCCAGAGGGCAGACGAGGUCCUGCAGGAGGUCACGGCGAAGGCUCAGGCUGCUGAGAAGGUGAAGCAGCAGGUGCAGAAGGUGAAGGAUAAAGCUCAGCUCAUUGUUGACGAGAUCGAAGCCGAUAAAACAGCAGCAGAGUCCAAACUGGAGGCUGCGAAACCAGCACUGCAGGCUGCUGAGGCUGCACUGCAGACCAUCAAACCGGCCGACAUCGCCACGGUGAGGAAGCUGCAGAAACCUCCUCACCUCAUCAUGAGGAUCAUGGACGCCGUGCUGCUGCUGUUCCAGAGGAAGAUCGACCCGGUGACCUCUGACCCCGAACGACCUUGUCCGCGACCUUCGUGGGCCGAGGCCAUGAAGCUGAUGCAGAACUCGGCCUUCCUCAGCAUGCUGCUCAACUUCAGCAAGGACUCCAUCACAGGGGAGGUGGUGGAGCUGCUCGCUCCUUACCUGGACAUGGACGACUACAACAUGGAGUCGGCCAAGAGGAUCUGUGGCAACGUGGCGGGACUCUGCUCCUGGACUCAGGCCAUGGCGGACUUCUUCGCCAUCAACAAGGAGGUCCUGCCCCUGAAGGCUAACCUGGCCCUGCAGGAGGCUCGUCUGGUGGUCGCUCAGGCUGAACUGGCUAAAGCUCAGGAACAGCUGGACGCUAAACAGCAGGAGCUGGACGCCGUGCAGGCUCUUUACGACGCUGCCAUGAGGGAGAAGCAGGAACUGGAGGAUGACGCCCAGGCCUGCCGCCGCAAGAUGGCCAACGCCACGGCUCUGAUCGACGGGCUGGGAGGAGAGAAGGUUCGCUGGACCGACAGCAGCGCUGGGUUCCAGACGCAGAUCAAGCACCUGGUGGGGGACGUCCUUCUGUCCACAGGCUUCCUGUCCUACGCCGGCCCCUUUAACCAGGAGUACCGCAGCCUGCUGCUGGAGCUGUGGAAGAAAGAGAUGGAGGAGAAGCUCAUCCCCUUCAGUCCGGACUUGAACGUGAUUGGUCUGCUGGUGGACAACGCCACGGUGAGCGAGUGGAACCUGCAGGGCUUACCCAGCGACGACCUGUCCAUCCAGAACGGCAUCGUGGUGACGAAGGCGUCGCGCUACCCGCUGCUGAUAGACCCCCAGGGUCAGGGCAAGACCUGGAUCCAGAACAGGGAGAGAGACCAGCAGCUGCAGGUGACGUCUCUGAACCAUAAAUAUUUCCGCUCCCACCUGGAGGACAGUCUGUCUCUGGGCCGCCCCCUGCUGCUGGAGGACGUGGGGGAGGACCUGGACCCCGUCCUGGACAACAUACUGGACAAAAACUACAUCAAGUCUGGAUCCACUUACAAAGUGAAGGUAGGAGAUAAGGAGGUGGAUGUGAUGAAGGGCUUCACGCUCUACAUCACCACCAAGCUGGCCAACCCGGCGUACAGCCCCGAGGUCAGCGCCAGGACGGCCGUGGUGGACUUCACCGUCACCCAGCGAGGCCUGGAGGACCAGCUGCUGGGUCGAGUCAUCCUGCUGGAGAAACAGGAGCUGGAGGCGGAGCGGGUGAAGCUCCUGGAGGAGGUGACGUCCAACAAGAGGAAGAUGCAGGAGCUGGAGGACAGUCUGCUGUUCAGGCUGACCAGCACUCAGGGGUCUCUGGUGGAGGACCAGUCUCUGAUCGAGGUGCUGAGGGUCACCAAGACCACAGCUCAGGAGGUGAGCGAGAAGCUGUCGGUUGCUGCGGAGACGGAGGUGAAGAUCAACCAGGCCCGGGAGGAGUACCGUCCCGUGGCCACCAGGGGGAGCAUCCUCUACUUCCUGAUCGUGGAGAUGUCGCUGGUGAACGUCAUGUACCAGACGUCGCUGCGUCAGUUCCUGGGCCUCUUCGACUCGUCCAUGCAGAACUCAGCCAGGUCGCAGCUCACCGCCAAACGCAUCAGCAACAUCAUCAGCUUCCUCACCUUCCAGGUGUUCUGUUACACAGCCAGAGGUCUGUACGAGGAGCACAAGCUGCUGUUCACUCUGCUGUUGGCUCUGAAGGUCGACCUGCAGGCCCGGAACAUCUCGCACCCUGAGGUGCUCACCUUCGUCAAAGGUGGCGCCUCUCUGGACCUGAACUCUGUAGAGUCCAAACCGCGGCGCUGGAUCCUGGAUCAGACCUGGCUCAAUCUGGUGCAGCUGUCUGAUCUGCCUCCAUUCGCCCAGAUCCUGACGCAGGUGAGCCAGAAUGAACGUGCCUGGAGGACCUGGUUCGACCAUCCGGCGCCGGAGGACACCGCACUGCCUGAUGGGUACGAGGAGAAGCUCGACACCUUCAGGAAGCUUCUGCUCAUCCGGAGCUGGUGUCCGGACCGAACCACCGCUCAGGCGCGGCACUACAUCUCAGAGUCCUUGGGUCAACGUUACGCAGAAGGUUUGGUUCUGGACCUGGACGCCAUGUUAACGGAGAGCGACACCAGGACGCCGAUGGUGUGUCUGCUGUCGAUGGGCUCAGACCCGACGGAGAACAUCGAGAGACUGGCCAAGAGCAAGGGGGCGCCGUGCCGUCCCAUCUCCAUGGGGCAGGGCCAGGAGGUCCACGCUCGCAGGCUAUUGGCCAACAGCAUGACGGACGGUGGCUGGCUCCUCCUCCAGAACUGCCACCUGGGCCUGGACUUCCUGGACGAACUGCUGGAGACGGUCACCAUGGCAACACCGGAGAGCGUGCACAAAAGUUUCCGGGUGUGGCUGACGACCGACAUGCACCCCAGAUUCCCCAUCACCUUCCUUCAGUCCUCCAUCAAGUUCACCAAUGAACCUCCUCUUGGAGUGAAAGCCGGUCUGAAGAGGACUUUCAGUGGAGUCAGUCAGGACCAGCUGGAGAUCAGUAACCUGCCUCAGUGGAAACCUCUGCUGUACGCUGUGGCCUUCCUGCACACCACCGUCCAGGAGCGGCGUAAGUUCGGUCCUCUCGGCUGGAACAUCCCUUACGAGUUCAACCAGGCGGAUUUCACCUCCAGCAUGCAGUUUGUCCAGAACCACCUGGACGACCUGGACGCCAGGAGAGGAGUGAACUGGAGCUGCCUGCGCUACAUGCUGGGUGAGGUCCAGUAUGGCGGCCGAGUGACGGACGACCUGGACAAACGUCUGCUGAACACCUUCACUCGUGUCUGGUUCAGUGAGAACACCUUCAGUGACAAGUUCUGCUUCUAUAAGGGCUACAGCAUUCCCGCCAAGGCCAAGACGGUCCAGGACGUCCUGCAGCACGUGGAGGCCCUGCCGCUGGUCGACUCACCGGAGGUGUUUGGGCUCCACCCCAACGCUGACAUCACCUACCAGACCAACCUGGCCAAUGAGACGCUCAGCACCAUCAUCAACAUCCAACCGAAGGACAGCGGGGGUGGGGCCGGGGAGACCAGGGAGGCCAGCGUUCAGAGACUAGCCAACGAGAUGCUGGAGAAGCUUCCACCUGACUACAUGCCACAUGAGGUCAAAGGUCAACUGCAGAAGAUGGGUCCACUUCAGCCAAUGAACAUCUUCCUCCGACAGGAAGUGGACCGCAUGCAGCGAGUCAUCAGCAGCGUACGGAGCACGCUCACUGACCUCAAACUGGCCAUCGACGGCACCAUCAUCAUGUCGGAGGACCUGCGCGACGCUCUCGACUGCAUGUUUGAUGCUCGGAUCCCUCGCCUGUGGCUGCGCCUCAGCUGGCCGUCGGCCACGCUGGGCUUCUGGUUCAGCGAGCUGCUGGAGAGGAACCAGCAGCUCAGCGGCUGGAUCAGCACCGGCCGACCCAACCAGUUCUGGCUCACAGGGUUCUUCAACCCGCAGGGUUUUCUGACUGCCAUGCGUCAGGAGACAACACGCUCCAACCUGUCCAGGGGAUGGGCCUUGGAUACGGUCACCCUUAGCAACGAUGUUACCAAGAUGAUGAGGGAAGACGUGUUGGCCCCGCCCCCGGAAGAUGUGGGCGGGGUCUACAUCUAUGGCCUCUUUCUGGACGGGGCUGGAUGGGACCGACGUGGGGCCAAACUCACUGAAGCCUCGCCCAAGGUCCUCUUCACUCCCCUCCCUGUGGUCCACGUCUACGCCGUCAGCGCAGCCAACAUGGCUGACAGUAAACGUCAGCCCGGCGGCGGCGUGGUGGUCGGGCUGUACUCGUGUCCCGUCUAUAAGAAGCCGCGUCGCACCGACCUGAACUUCAUCUUCUCUCUGCAGCUCCGGAGCGUGCAGCCGGUGGAGCACUGGACGCUGCGCGGCGCCGCGCUGCUCUGCGACUGCAAGUGAUCCUCUGACUGUGAAUGACGACAUCAAACUUUAUUGUUCCGCUGCACAGACGACGAUGGUUGUGGCUCAGUAGCAUUUAAAGGACCAAAUACGAACCUUUAUAUUUCUUACAGUGUGAGUAUAUAAAUAGAAACUAGACCUGCUUUAUAAUCAAUCUAGAAUCACCUCCUCGUUGUUGUAUCCCUCCGCCACUCAGACUAGUUCCAGGUUAGAUCCCUGUUUAACCACAAUCAUGUAAAAUAUUAAACAUUUGUGUGACAUUUUGUCAGAA